GAAAAGCCAAAAAGGCUAUCAAGCGGGCAAAGGGUCAAAUCUUCUUUCACCACACAAAAAGUUUGGGUUACACUGGUUUCUCUUGGAUAACAUCUUCCAAAUGCUCCAAUCCAUUAAGCAAAGGCUGGAAUUAAUUCUAUGCCCUAACUUUCCUUGGCAAACUAUCAUUUACUUUCCACCUUGUAAUUCUGUGCCAACCUGAAAAGAAGCCUUUUAUUUUGUAUCUGUCCUGUGAAUUGGACGCACUUUCUUCAUCUGGGUCCUCAUUCUUCAUGUCACACUAACUAGCACAUGAGUAAGAUUGAUGGGUAGUUAUGACUUCUAAUUUUGAUCUAUCUAGGAGUUGAUAUGAGUCUUGUUGAAAACAAGGUGUAGAUAUGAGUGGACAAAGACCAACCAUUAGCUGGAUAACUGACAAGAAAUAUGUUUAGUAGAUUGCAUUAGAGACAAGACAUUAUAUGUCAACCUCUUUUUCACUACCUGCUGUCUCCAUAACUAGAUAGGCCUUGGGCAAGAAGUGAAGAAACUUUGGGUGGCACUGGUUUUUUGCUCAAUUUACAGUGUCCGUAGUCUUUUUCGUUCUGUAUACUGGUCCUUCAACUGUUUAUUCUCUCAACUAAAGACUACGUGUUAGACCCAUCCAUUGGUAGAACUUCAAUCCUUUUGGAGAAAGAUUGGCCACUAAAUACUGGUGGUUGCUGUAGCUCUUAGCACGACAUUUGUCAAAAAUAUACCUUUCAAAGGUCUGUAAACCUGGUAAUAUGUUAAAUGCCGAUGAUGCUGAAAUGCUUCUGGUUGGAUAUGGUUGCUAAAUCUGCAUUUAUUUCUACAUUCCUAACUUGGGUUUGUUAAAGAUUGCACCAGGAAUUUUUUGUUAGGCUUUUUUGGGCAAUUAUAGAUUAUGAGUUGCCUCGCAUUUCAAGUGGCCUGAUGGUUUGAAUUUUGAGAUAUGGGUGUGGGAAGAAAUGGGCGAAGGACUGUUUGAGUUUUGGUUUGUCUUGGUAGAUGAGUGGAAGGUUCAGUAUUUUCCAUCAACAAUACCUACAUGAUAUUCAGGUUAGGCUUCCUGGUCGCUGCUUCAAUUGCAGCCUAUGCAGUUAAAGAGAUUAACAUCAAAGGCUCGAAGUCUUCAGGUUCUUUAAUCAAACCUUCAGAAAACGAUGAUGCACUCAUCGAACAACAUCAGAUUGAAGGGGAAGCUACUGAGCAGCUCACUUCUUCUAGUGAUGGCCUCAACAAGGGCGAGGAGGAAGAGGAGAAAGAAGAAGUUAAAUUGAUUAGUGGUAUCAUAAACCCGGUUCCGAGUAAUCCUCUUGAUAUUGAAGAUGAGAUUUUACCGGAGUUUGAAAGCCUUUUGUCCGGGGAGAUAGAUUUUCCAUUACCCAAUGACAAAUAUGAUAUAGGGACCAAUUCCAGGGCAGAGAAAAACAAAUUGUAUGAAACUGAGAUGGCAAAUAAUGCAAGUGAACUAGAAAGGCUGCGUAACUUAGUAAAAGAGUUGGAGGAGAGGGAAGUGAAGCUUGAAGGUGAAUUGCUUGAGUACUAUGGUUUGAAAGAGCAAGAGUCAGACAUUGAUGAGUUACAAAGGCAACUGAAGAUAAGGGCAGCAGAGAUUGACAUGCUGAACAUUACCAUCAAUUCCUUGCAGGCUGAUAGGAAAAAGCUUCAAGAAGAGGUUGCUCUUGGAGCUUCUGCUAGGAGAGACCUAGAGGUAGCCAGGAAUAAAAUCAAGGAGCUGCAGAAGCAAAUUCAACUUGAGGCUAACCAGACAAAAGGCCACCUAUUAUUGCUCAAGCAACAAGUUAGUGGUCUUCAGGCAAAAGAAGAGGAAGCCUUCAAGAAAGAUACCGAAGUUGAGAAGAAGUUUAAAGCUCUGAAGGACUUAGAGGUGGAGGUUGUGGAGCUUAAGCGGAAGAACAAAGAGCUUCAGCAUGAAAAGAGAGAGUUGAUUGUCAAACUGGAUGCCGCUGAAGGCAGAGUAACCGCUCUCUCCAAUAUGACAGAGAGCGAUAUGGUUGCCAAUGCCAGAGAGGAGGUGAAUAAUUUGAGGCAUGCGAAUGAAGACCUUUUAAAACAAGUAGAAGGACUUCAAAUGAACAGGUUCAGUGAAGUUGAAGAGCUAGUGUACCUUCGCUGGGUCAAUGCAUGCUUGAGGUAUGAGCUCCGGAACUACCAGACACCAUCAGGAAAAAUAUCAGCUCGCGAUCUCAAUAAGAGUUUGAGCCCAAGAUCCCAAGAAAGGGCUAAGCAGCUGAUGUUAGAAUAUGCAGGAUCAGAACGUGGCCAAGCGGAUACAGAUGUUGAAAGCAACUUUUCUCAACCAUCCUCUCCUGGAAGUGAGGAUUUCGACAAUGCUUCUGUGGAUAGCUCCACCAGUAGAUAUAGUAACCUCAGUAAAAAGCCUAGCUUAAUACAAAUAUUAAAGAAAUGGGGAAAAAGCAAAGAUGACUUGAGUGCUAUUUCAUCACCUGCAAGAUCCUUUGCGGGAGGCUCCCCCAGGGCUAGCAUGAGCCAAAGACCAAGGGGCCCUUUGGAAGCUCUGAUGCUAAGGAACGCUGGAGACAGUGAAGCCAUCACUACAUUUGGGACAGCAGAACAGGAUUCUCCUAAUUCCCCUGAGACACCAAAUCUCCCACACAUUAGAACACGGGUUUCUUCCAAUGAUUCUCUAAAUACAGUGGCAGCAUCGUUCCAAUUGAUGUCUAAAUCAGUUGAAGGAGCACUAGAUGAGAAAUAUCCUGCAUAUAAAGACCGGCAUAAGCUGGCAUUAGAGAGAGAGAAGCAAAUUAAGGAAAAAGCUGAGCAAGCCAGAGCAGUAAGGUUUGGUGGCAGUUCAAAUUCCGCUCCAGAGAGAGGGAAAACAGUAACUUUGCCCCCAAAACUAGCUCAAGUGAAGGAGAGAGUCGUUGUCUCUGGUAAUUCAACUGAGCAACCCAAUGAUGGCCAGAUGACUGAUUCUCAAAUGGUCAGCAAAAUGAAGCUUGCCCAUGUUGAGAAGAGGCCUCCCAGGGUCCCUAGACCUCCUCCUAAAGCAUCGGGAAGUGCACCUGCUGGUACAAACACACAUCCUUCUAGCAGGGUACCAGGCACUCCACCUCUGCCACCUCCUCCGCCAGGUGCUCCACCUCCACCACCACUACCUGGUGGACCACCUCGCCCACCUCCUCCUCCAGGAAGCUUAUCGAGAAUGGCAGGGAGUGGUGAUAAAGUUCACCGGGCUCCUGAACUAGUUGAAUUCUACCAAUCUUUGAUGAAGCGUGAAGCGAAGAAAGAUACAUCAUCUUUGGUUUCUUCAACUUCCAACACAGCAGAUGUGAGGAGCAACAUGAUUGGAGAGAUAGAGAAUAGAUCAUCAUUCCUCUUAGCUGUGAAAGCUGAUGUGGAAACUCAAGGUGAUUUUGUCCAGUCAUUAGCAACUGAAGUCCGGGCAGCUUCUUUUACCAACAUAGAAGAUUUGUUGUCAUUCGUAAACUGGCUUGAUGAGGAACUUUCCUUCUUGGUUGAUGAGCGAGCAGUCCUCAAGCACUUCGAUUGGCCAGAAGGGAAAGCAGAUGCAUUAAGAGAGGCUGCCUUUGAAUAUCAGGACUUGAUGAAGCUGGAGAAGCAAGUAACCUCUUUCGUUGAUGAUCCCAAUCUCCCAUGUGAAGCUGCUUUAAAGAAAAUGUACAAGUUGCUUGAAAAAGUGGAACAGAGUGUGUAUGCACUAUUGCGUACUCGGGAUAUGGCAGUUUCACGAUAUAGAGAAUUUGGCAUUCCCGUUGAUUGGUUGGAAGAUUCAGGAGUUGUUGGCAAGAUCAAGCUCUCCUCCGUACAGUUGGCGCGAAAAUACAUGAAACGUGUCGCAUCAGAACUUGAUGCGCUAAGUGGGCCUGAGAAGGAACCAAACAGAGAAUUUUUGGUCCUCCAAGGCGUGCGUUUUGCUUUCCGAGUUCAUCAGUUUGCGGGAGGCUUUGAUGCAGAGAGCAUGAAGGCUUUUGAAGAACUGAGGAGUCGUAUCCAUGCACAGACAGGCGAAGGCAAUAAGAUGGAAGCAUGAGAUGGUUUUGUACUUCUGUUUUUUGUUUUCCUAUCCUGUUUACGCCCAAUUCUUAGUCCUAUGUGUCGUUAUCUUCACCAUGUUGAGGUGGAAAACACCAUCCAUAUUGAUCUUGUACAAUCAACAGUUAAAUUCAAGCGAUAAAAUACAUAUAUAGAGAGUAAUUACAAGAGUUGUAAUCCAUGCCGAUUCAAAACGCUUAUCACAAUGCAACAAGAAAUACUAUUGGAGUUGAAGAAGUUGG